AUGGAGGACUCACUGGCCCCCAGUCCUGCUGGGGCCUCGGACCGCGGCCAUCAUGCACCUUGCGUCUCUCCAUUCAAGCAGCUUUGUGGCAGCGCGGAUGGCGACGUCUGCGCCGACGAGCAGCAGGGGCCGCAGGGGCACCUGGCACCAUCGCGGGCGCGCCACUCCGGCACUGCCUUGAUGGGGCUGCACCGCACUAGCGGCUUCAGCAACAUCGACGAGGAGGAGGGGGAGGGCGACGACGAUGCAAGCAGCUGCAGCAGCGCCGAGAGCUGUGAGACCGGCAGCGAGAGCGGUGCAGAGGACGAGGACGCAGUACGCGACCAUGGCAGCGGCGACGGCGAGAGCGGCGCAG